AUGGAACAACAGAAUAGAGAAUUCGUCGAAAGACUUAGAGAACAGGCCGCUUUGAACGACUAUGAGCCACCAUUGAUUAAUUUUGAAAUUGAGGAAGAUCCGAGAAUUGCGGAAUUUGAGAAGAAAUUGAAAGAAGAUCAAAUUAGAUCUGCUGGAAUUUUUGACGAAGCGAAAAGACACAAGGAAGAAAUGGAUAAAGAAAUUGAAAAAACCCAAAGAGAAGGUCAGGAGAAAAGAAAAGCACAAGAUGAGGCGAGUCGAAGAAGACAGGAAGAAAUUGAAGCAAAAGCGGAGGAAAUGAAACGACAAUUCGAAAGACAAAAUCGAGAAGCUGAAGAAGCUCAUCGAGAAAAAAUGGAACAAAUUGAAAAUGAGCGACGAGAAAAUCGGGAGAAAUUUGAAAGGAAUCUCGAAGAAAAUGCGAGAAGAAUGAAAGAAUUAAUGGAGGAAGUUAAUCGAGCAGUUAAUGCGCGGAUAAUGACAGAAAACCAAAUAAGGAUGUGGAAGGAACAUCUGGAUUCGCUUAGAAGGCAAAUUGAGAAUGUCAGUAAGCAGAAUUUGGAUCGAUACGUUGAGGAACUCAAAAAUCGAUACAGUGAUUUCGGAUUGAAGUUAGUCAAGUCUCAAACAGACCAAUUAAUGGAAGCCGUCGAAUAUCUUCAUCUCGAAAUGUGUGAUGAAUACGAAAAGCUGGAAAUUCUUCAGAGCCAGAAUCCGGAGAAUCCAAUGUUGGCCAUUCUAAUGGAUUCGAUUCAUCAAAUUGCUUCCAAAUGCUACCAAGUCGAAGAGGAGAUCGAAAAAUUCAAGACAUCUGACAACUUGGAAUACAAUCAAUUGCGUUCAACCCUCACCCAGAUCACACCAUCCCUUAUUCCAUCAAUUAACCAAUUAAAGGAAAUGACUAUGGAUCGUAAGCGCGCUCGUGAUCUUUGCGUUGAAUCGCUCAAGGACCUCAUGGUGGGAACAUCGCCAAAGCAUAUUGCCAAUGGAAACGGAUUCUAUCAAUAG